ACAUGAACAGACCCGGUCAGAUGCUUCUGGCCUCGAGGAUGGGCUGUGCGCCUGGCCUGCUGUUUCGCCGUGUCCCAUUCUUUUGUAGAUACUCGUGCACUCGAACUGGUUAUUCCAGUCACGCCAAGGAACCCGCUGAGCGCCAAGACCCUAAUUGCAUCCCUCAACCGACUCCUGCUACCUCUGUUGCUAGCACAACUUCCCUAUCGACGUUAAAUCUCGGGUUUUGGAAGUGCCGUCAUACCUGGAAGCGAUCCGGGAUCAAUACGCUUCGCUGUUUAGUGGGUUGCACCCUAGGUGACUUUUCCGCGCUAUGGAUGCUCCAAACGUACUAUCCUGAUCUUGGUAUGGGUACAAUCAUGGCCGCGUCUAUGGCAUCCGGAAUUACUACGUCGAUUAUCGUUGAAACAGUGCUCCUCCGGCGGGGAGUGGACCAGCUCUCAUGGCCGAUGGCACUUCGAACCGCGAUGGGGAUGAGUAUGGUGUCCAUGAUUGCAAUGGAGGCCGCGGAGAAUAUUGUAGACUACCACCUCACUGGCGGAGUCGUGGCACUGGGAGAUCCCAAGUUUUGGAUGGCAGCCGGUGUAUCGAUGACAGCCGGCUAUCUGGCUCCAUUGCCCUACAACUACCUACGUCUGAAGAGAUAUGGGAAGGCUUGCCACUAAGACUAGCAGAAUGUGAGAUAGCGUGCCCUAGAAUAAAAUAUGUGUUGUGUAUAAUCAAAACCACCGUUAGGCUGUCAGUUGUGAUCUUUCCGUACAUAUGGUUUUUUACCUGGCAUAGGCAUAUGCUAGCACUAAGCAUACUUACUGUGAGGGGAC